CUGCAGUAAAAGGACAAAUAUUUAAAAACUUGUAAUUACGUAAAGUGGAACACCCUGUAUAUGAAUCAUAUGUUUAUAUAGACAUUUGAAUGAUAUCCAUAUGAUAGGGAGUGAUAGUCGUUAAUAGUGAUUUCUAUAGGCGAUACAUAAUAUGAAAAUGGGGAAAAAAUGCAUUUUUCUUGUGUUACUAUUUGCUACAUAUAUUACAGCCGACGACUUGCAAUGCUACGUGUGUACUGACUGUGAAAAUGACUUUGAAAAUAAGAUUGAAACCUGUGUGGAUACCAGCGUAGGAACGACGACGAUUGCAGACUCAGAUACGACUACAACUUCAUUUACAAUCGAAUCUAUAGCAACUACCGAAAGCUCAAUCGCUACAACUACCAUAACCGAAGGUAGUACAGUAGGUGAUGGAUCUGUGACUAACCCUACUACAUCUCUUCCGGUCGAGACAAAACCAGACAAUGAGCAACCACAAUCGACUACAUUGAUUAUCGAUGGCACAACUGUACCAAUUGAAGGCUCCACUACACCAUCGGAUAUCAAUGAACAGACUACAACAUCAAAUGAAGACGCAAGUGUAACAACUGAAAACACCAAAGAGCCAGAAACAACGACACAAAGUGUAGAAUCGACGACUCUCACAGCGUUGGAUACGACAACAGUGUCUAUUGAUUCAGAAAUAUCAACAGUUGAAGAUGUUACAACAACAACAGUCUCUGUCGAAGAAGGAAGCGAAUCAAUUCCAGACAAUAAUGGCCAACCAGAAGACUCCAAUAACGUACCUACAACAACUACAUAUAGCAGCGUCAAUAAUGAACCCACAACACAAAACUUAGAAUUAGAUACCUUUACAACGCCUACAAUUGUUAAUGUUCAAACGACACCUAUUCUGGAAUCAGACAUGAAUACAAUGGAAAGCCAAAUUACUACUUUAAAUGACCAAAGUAUAACCUCAACGGAGUCUAUCGAAGUAUCAACUAAUAGUGAGUCAGAUACUAUUAUAGAACAAACAACAACUCCAUCAUCGGCUAUAAAUAAUGAACCAACAACACCUAUUUUGGAAUCAGAUACGACAACAGUAGCAUCCGAUACAGAAACUCCAACAAUGACAAAUAGAGAUUCGACAACAUUAAUAUCUAACGGUGAGCUAACAACAAAAACGUCGAUAGAUACAGACAUAACAACUAGUAAGGAGCUAACAACAACAACCGAUGUUUUAGUGGAAGAUUUAGGGAAAUCAAAUAUCGACCCACCAAGUGUUCAGAUGGUUGAUGAGGCUAAUAAAUACGGUUCACGUUAUUCUUUUAUUAGAACCGUUCGUCAAGUUAAAAAUGAUGUAAGAAGACCGCGCUGUGUUGUCACUUCUUACCAAGACCAAAACAGAACUGUCGUGAUGCGAGGUUGUUCAUUCGUUCAAGAAGAUGACCCUAUGGAACACUGCAAUGGACUUUUGGGUACAGAUCGAACACAAAAUCUGAGCCGAUGCCUUGUUUGCGACCGAGAUUUAUGUAAUUCAGCGAAUAAAGUAUUUGCUACUAUUACAAUGCUAAUGAUUGCACUUAUUUCAUUGCUAUAAGUGGCAUUGCAUUAAUUGUUUCUUUAUUUUUCUAUAAUUCGAUCAAAAUUAAUUAAUUGGUGAAAUUGUUAUUGUGACUGCUGUCUUUCAAGUAUUAAAAUAUGCUGAGCAAAAAAAAUAUUUUGUUUUACAAAACUCCACUGGUAAAAUAUAGACUAUAUUUAACAAAAUGCGUAGAUAAUAUAAUACCUAAUGUUAGAUUAAAGAUAAAAAUAAAUUAUUUUAUUUAACUAAGAAUUAUUGAAUAAUGACAAUGUAGUUUAAGUAGUAAUAAGUCCUGUUCCUGUACAUAUACAUUUAUUUAUUGUUCUCAUUUACUAUUUUUAAUAAAUUAAAUUAUACACCA